UGUCACUGACAGAGAAGGUGCAGGUGCUGGAGAUGCUGGAGGGCCCCAAGGUGUCUCAGAGCGAGCUGGCCAAGCGCUUCGGGGUGUCGCAGCCCCAGAUCUGCCGCAUCAUCAAGAACAAGGAGCGGAUCCUGAGCGAGUGGCACCGCAAUGGCGACCCCGAACGCAAACGCAAGCGGGAGGGGAAGGACGUGGCCCUCGAGGCCGCCCUGCUGCGCUGGGUGGAGGGCGCCCGUGCCACCGACCUGCCCGUCAGCAGCCCACUCCUCCAGCUCAAGGCCAAACACCUCGCCGAGGCGCUGGGCCGCCCUGACCCGGAGCCCGGCGGCGGCUGGCUGGCUCGUUUCGAGGCACGCCACAACCUCUCCUUCAAGAAGCCGCCAGUGGAGAAAGGGGAUGCGGAGCAGCCCACGGCCGACCACUGGGCCGGCGCAUUGCUACCCAACCUCCUCCGCAGCUAUGCGCUCUCCAAGAUCUAUGCCUGUGGGGAGAUGGGGGUCCUCCUCCCAGCCAGCUCCCCCGGCAAGGGCGAGAGCGCCGGUGACCGGCUGACGCUCCUGCUCUGCACCAACGCCGACGGCUCGGAGAAGGCCCCGCUGCGGGUGGUGGGGGAGAUCUCCCGGCCCCCCUGCCUGCGGGGCGUCAACCUGGGGCAGAUGCCCUGGAGCUACCGCGCCAGCAGCCUGGCUGGCAUGACCGCCCCCCUCUUUGCCGAGUGGCUGCGGGAGUUCAACGAGGGGAUGUGGCGGCAGGGGAAGAGCAUCCUCCUCCUCCUCACCAAGCACGAGGCGCACCCCUACCUCCAGCUUUCCAACGUCAGGAUGGUCUUCAUCCCGCCGGCUGCCGCCCUGGCCCAGCCCCUGGACCGCGGCAUCACCAGCGACCUCAAGGGCCACUACCGGCGCCGGUUGCUGAGGUGGCUGCUGGCGGAGCGUGGCACGGGGCAGCCGACCCUCCUGGAUGCCCUGCACAUGCUGGCGCAAGCCUGGGGCGACGUGCACCCGGGGCUCAUCGCCAGCUGCUUCCGUGCCACUGGCUUCAGCCCCGAUGCUGGCACCGAGGCCCCGGCCCUCGCCCCGGCGCCCGGCCCACUCAGUCAGGAGCAGCUGGAGCGCCGCAUGAUGACGGACGAGGAGCUGGAGCGCGACGGGGAGUCAGCGGAGGUGGAUGGGGACAAGGGGACGGCGGAGGGCAAGGAUGGGGGAGAGCUGGCGGCGGUGCAGCCCUGCCCCUCGGAGCGAGAGGUCUGGGGCAGCCUGGCCACGCUGCGGCGGUACCUGGAGUGCCGGGCUACCUCGCCGGACCUCUUCCAGGCCUUCUACGAGCUGGAGGAUGCAGUGCACAUGGUGUCAGCUGGCACCGGGCGAGCCCUCAUCAGGGACACCCCUCCCAAGCAGUGAGUGGAGUGGCCAGCACAUGCCUGGACUCACUCGUGCCCAUGAUGGGGACCGGCGCUCAUCGGGGCCGUCACCGGACUGGCCUGGACACCGUCUCCUGCGGCAGCACCAGCUGAGUUGUGCUGUGGGGUUUGCUGUGGGUUCACGUGGCUCAGGGGCAAAAGGGAUGUCUGGCAGGGAGCA